GUGUUAGUGGCUCUGCGUCGAAAGGUUUAAUUGAUGAUGAAGCCUAACAUUCUACGGAAUAAUAUUGAGAAGAUUCAAUGUGAACAACUCCAAUUCCAUGGUUUAUAAUACUGUUAUAUUAUGAUAGUAUGCUACACUGUACGAAUUUUAAUUUAUUUUUGAGGAGAUCUGUGUUUAUAAACCUAGAAACAAACGCCCCACCAUAAAAUGAAACAUCAGAACACAAUAAACAGGAAUACUAGCUGGUGGUAAUCAUGGAAACAGAAACAGCAUUAAGCUCUCAGAGUCUGAUCGAUGCUAUCAACAGUGGACAACCAGUCAGCAGAUUGAAUGAGCUUCUGAAACAAGGAGCUGAUGUCAACCAACCCCAAAGUUCAAUGCAACUUCGACCUAUUCACCAUGCUGUCUACAAAAACAACACCGAAUAUAUGAUGUGCUUGAUAGAAAAUGGCGCCGACAUUGAGAUAUCUGACAAGUGCGGCUUUAGACCGCUCCAUAUUGCGGCACGAUAUGGCAGCCUUGAUGCCAUUAAGGUUCUCCUAAAUCACGGUGCCGACGUCAAUUCGUUGGACAUGACCAGCUGCCCAGCUUUGCACCUUGCCUUAUAUAAAGGAAAUACAGAUAUUGUUGAAAUAUUGCUUAAAUUUGGCGCCAAUUCCAAUUUCAAACAUCGUCAUUUUGGUCACGAGAUCCUACAAGUACGAUCAGAUCUACCCGACUGCUUUGAGCUCCUUUUGAAAUAUGGUGCGGAUUCUGAUGUACGCGAUCGCAAUGGAAUGACGCCAUUACACAUCGCUGCGCAAACUGGAAAUAUAUUGUUCGUGUUUCUAUUACUCAGGUAUGGCGCUGAUCCGAACGUGAUUACCAUGCCACCGACGAGGAACCGUGUAACUCCACUUAGGCUAGCCGUCGUUAGCGAAGAGAAGGGAAUCGUUGAACUUCUACUGAAACAUGGAGCAGAUCCUAACCUAGCUGACUCGCAAUUGAACACUCCUUUACAUAGAGCUGCAGCGCAAGGGAACCUUGAAAUCGCAAAACUUCUUCUUAUACAUGGCGCAGACAUCAAUUCUUGCAAUCAUCGACAAUGCCAACCAAUCCAUAGAGCAUGCUCAAUGUGCGACGACACGGAUAUGCUUAGACUUUUGUUGAAAUAUGGCGCGAACCCGAAUGUGCAGACAGAAAGUGGAGAAACACCAAUGCAAUACGUUCUACUAAAACUACAGAGUCUUUUUAACAGUGAUUUAGAUUUCAUCGACAGCAUAUGUAGUGAGAAAUUAAAAAUUCUCAUCAAUAACGGAGCAGUAUGGACAUUAAGUUUCAGUCGAAAUGAUCCAUUUACGCUCCUUCCACUUUUGAUGGACGUGCCCUAUAAAACUGAGACAGCGAACGUCGUGAUUGAGGGAUCAGACACUGUUUGUCUCUAUGACAAUAAUAUGAAUAUUCCUGAAAGGUUACAAGAGCCUCUUCGAUCCCAUUUGAUCACUAUGAACGAUACCCCACGCUCAUUAAAACAUCUAUCAAGGCUGUUCAUACGUGGUUAUUUUGGCAGAAAUGACUUAACAAAGUUAGAGACACUACCUUUACCUAAACAAAUAAUUCAGUAUCUAAUGUUCAACUAAUUGUUAAAUUCAUGAAUUUAUUAUAAGUUGAUGUAUGAUUUAAUUACGAUUCUGUUGAUUUGUGGUUAUUGCCUAUUGAUUGGUUGAUUGAUUGAUAUGUGUGUGAUUUUCUUACGAUAUCUGGUAAUUAUUGAGUAAUUUUGUUUAUUUAAAAAUCACAUAAAAAUAUAAAUACAAUAAUUAAUUUAUAUUUUAUAGAAAUUCGAGAAUAAUAAUAUUAAUUAGGAAUUUAAAUGAGUGGAGCAGCAAAUGAGAGAUGCUUGACUUUCAAUUUGAUGUCUCUGGGUCAAAUCGUGUUAAAGCAGCUUUCAUUGUCUUGUUCGAGAACACCAAUGGGAAACAUCAGUAACCGUCCGACGCUGACUGGUUUACACUCUCGUAAAACGAUGAUUAUUAAUUUAAAAAAAUAUAUAUAUUGUUAUGAUAAUAGCAAAACCUAUGCCUAUUCGUUUUAUAUGAUACAGCAAAGUAUUCAAAAUAUAUAUAUCUAUUAUGUGUAGGCCCUAAACUCUGUAAAUUUACUUAAAGGUAUAUUGUCUGUUAUUGGGUUAAAAAAAGAAAAAUCCAAUUCCAUAUUGAAUAACUUGAAUUUGUAUAUUUAAGUAUGUAAAAACGUCUGUAAAUCAGAAGCUCAUAACAUAUUCAUUGUAAUGAUCCAAUUCAAAAUUAUAGAUUUUUACCGAUUUUUUUUUUGACAUACACUGCAUCUUUAAAUUUCUACAGCAAUGUGACAAUGGAAAAGUAGAUUUCGGUAGGAAAUAUUGUUUGUUUUAAAAAGUCUUGUCUCUUCAGUAUAUGUGCUUUCAUACAGAAAUUAAUAUAGAAUCAAUUAUUAGCAUUUUGAUUUAUAAUUUGUUUUUAAAAUUGGUACUUUUUGGCAAUUUAUAGUGUUUGACUUAUUUAAAAUAAUCUUGUUUCUAGUUGGAAUUGUUUCCAAACUACAUGUGUGUGAUUAAUAAAG